UAAAAUUUUUUCUGCGCUAAAUGUCCCUGUAGCCUUGGUCCUGUGAGGAACAAAUUCAUUUUCUGUCAGCCUGCGGACAGCGCAGCCUGAGGUGUUCUGUUCGGAACUCCGAGUAUUUUAGUGGCUGCUUCUGUCAGUGAACUAACGUAAAGAUGGCGGAGGAAGGGAAGAGUGUCGAGGCUGUGGAAGAGAAAGACGAGCUGCAAAUAAUGAAGGAACUUGUGGAUGACUUGUACAAGUUCAGAGACUGUUAUUUUGAGACGCACAAAAUCGAAGAAGCCAAAGUGAAACCAAAUGACGUCGCUCAGGAGGUAGAGCAAACACUGAAGAAGCUGGAGGAGAAAGACGAAUCCUUCAAACACAAAGCCGAGUUUUUGCUGCAGAAGGGCAGGUGUCUGAAUGUAGCGGAAGACUUCAGUGCCGUAGCAGAAGAGUGCCUUUCCCGUGCUGUGAAGCUGGAGCCGAGCCUGGUCGAGGGCUGGAACACACUGGGGGAGCAGUACUGGAAAAAGAAAGAUCUGAUCGGUGCCAAAAAUUGCUUCACUGGUGCUUUGCAGCAGGGUAGGAACAAAGUGUCUCUACGCAACCUGUCCAUGGUGCUGAGGCAGCUGCCUGCAGCCGACAGCGACUCGCAAGGCAAGCAGGUCCUGGAGAGUGUGCACCUGGCUCAGCAGGCUGUUGAGCUGGACGAAAGCGAUGGCACGUCGUGGUAUGUUCUUGGAAAUGCCUAUUUGAGUCUGUUCUUUGCGUGUGGACAGAACCCGAAGUAUUCCCAACAAGCUCUCAGUGCCUAUGCACAAUCUGAAAAGGCAGAUAAAAUCGCCCGUUUUUUCCCGGAGCUCCACUUCAACAGAGCCAACCUGUUCCAGUACGAGGAGAUGUUCGGGCCUGCGCUGGAGGGCUACAGUCGAGCGGCGGCGCUCGAUCCCAGCAUGAAGGAGCCGCAGGUCAAGGAGAAGCAGCUCCUGGAGUAUCUGGAGAAAGUGACAGAACUCACACAGAACAAGGGGAAGGUGAAGGCGCGCCGUUUACGAACCAUGAUGUCCAACCUCAGCACCUCGGCCCUGGGUCCCUGCUCGUCCCCGCAGUUCCGCUCCCCGUCCGGCCGCGUCGGCAGCCUGGAGCCUCGGACCCUGUCCUCCCUGAAGCACGGCCACAACGCCGGCGUGGCCGCCCUGGGGAAGGUGGUUUUCAGCCUGGCUUCAGAGGGUCGCAUGGCCUUCACAUUUGGCAUGGUCGACAGUGAGGAGACGUGCAUGGUGGUGAUGGUUUACAACACGGCAAACAGCUGGGGCGUCUUGAUCGGCGAUUCUGUCGUCAUUCCCGAACCUAAUCUCAAGCUGCACAGCAUAACGCAUAAAGACAAGGCGUUUGACUUCCGGAGCAUACGACUGGACUCUCCUCUGCUGCUCAUCGUCAACGGCAAGAAACAAAACAUCAAAAGCCAGAUCAUUACCUCCGUCAGCUACGAGCCCCAGCAGGAGUGAACCAAGAGACAAGUGAGAGGACAUUCACUUUUGAGAAGACUUUUGACGAUCUUCUGAGUUCCCGUUAUGUUUUUAUUUAUUGUUUUUGUACUCUUGUUGUGGGUGAAAAGUGGGGUUGUUUUGUACACGAAUGGCAAAAAAAGUUUUGAAAGUUUUCGGACGUUAUGUCGCAGCACACACAGCAUCGCCUUUUUAAACACGUUUUUAUUUUCUGAUCCGCUGUGAAAAAUGGAAAAAAUGUCAUUUGGACCUGUGCUUUUUCUUCUGACGUAUAAAAUAAGUCUCUUGACAAACGCCUGUUGGUUUCAGUUCUCACUACACUCGUCUUCACCGCCUCUUCAUGACUGCACCGUUUGCGUUUUCAACAUAUUAGGAUCACAUUAACUAAAACUGCUGAGUGCAAAUUUAAAAAGAGUUGAAAUAUGAAGUCGUAGUAAAAAUGUCCAUCUUUAUUUCUUGAUUUUAAGCUUUAAUUUCAGCAAUUCUGAGACAUUCCUGACAUACUAAAGAAACAAAAGAUGCUCCUCCAGUUUUUUUCUUAAUGUGAGCCUGAUAUGUGAUCAUAUUUAGUAUCAACAGCUGUGGUCAUUGCGUGUUUUUCACAAGUGGAAGGUGAAGUCCCGUUUCAUCUGUUAAGCCUGGACAGCAGGAAAGCUCACGAAGAUGUUUGACACGCUGUGAUUUACUUUACCUGCAACACAA